GUCGUUCUCUGGACCCACAUCUGGACCGCCCCGAGCGUUAAUAACACAGGACAUGGACUAAUGAGACAAAAAAGCUUUCUGAGAAUACGUGAAAUGCAACAAUGUGACGCUGGCUUGUUGCUCCGCUGGCUAGGAGAGCGACCGCGGCCGCGACGCAAUUGACAGACUUCAUGACGGCGUUCCCGGUGAUCCUCGUCCAGCCCACAUGUCCCGGUGGCCAGCGCGCGAAAGGUGUCCAGUUCCAGUUGACCUGUCACCUUUACCGAGAGAGUCACAAACUAGAGGUCUGGCUUUGUUUCUUAAUUCUGAGCUUCCUGAGUACUUCUACGUGUGCCGCUCCUGAGCCGGAAACAUUUCAGCUACUGAAGUGUUUGAAGUUCGAAGGACUGAAAAAUGCCAUUGAGAAAUCUGAGGCGAUGCUGUAUGCUCCGUCCAGUAGUGACAUAAAAGAAAACUGUAAAAUGAAAUCGCUCAAAUGUUACAUGUCGGAGUUGAUCAUGGUCAUCGUUGAGGAAGAAAUUCAGGACCCUAAAGCACAUUGUAUCUUUGAUUUCAAUGAGAGGCUGCCGCCAGACCACCCUGUCGACUGUCCACCAUGUGAAGCAUACUCACUUAAAAAUAUUAAAGUAUUCCUGAAAAGACUCAUGAGACUUUUGCAAGAAAUGAAUAGUCGGAAAGCGUAAUGUGAUGUAAAUACGGUAUAAGCUACAAAUGUAAAUUUGUAAAUAUUUAUAAAGAAUGACUCUAUAAGAAUGGCUGUUUUUAUUUUGUAGAUAUCACACUGACUAUACCAACCUGUGAAAAAGCAUGCCGUCCUGUAUUCUAAAAUAUGAGUUUAAAUGUUUGAAAGAACUAAAUCUCAAGCCUUUGAUUGUUUUGAACUGUGCACAUGAAGUCUGGUCACUGUGCGGCACAACUCGCCUUCCAGUGGGACGGUUUUGAGAGAAGGACCAGGAAGUAGCAAAGAGUAGCAGCAUGUACUGUAUACAGAUGUUUAAUAUGAAUAAGCUCUCUGCUGAACACUACUGAAUGUAUGAUACUGUACACGCCGUAUGAACUCCAGUAUCUUCACAAUAGUGGCUCACUCCAUUAAAUACUACCACAACUA